AUGUGUUUUUUAGCGUUAUUCUUCCUCAUCCAAGUCGUCUUUUGUGAACUUACUUUUCCAGACACUUCCGGUGACUUGCCAUCCUCUACAGCUGACUGUUCAGAAGGAUCUUUUAUGAUAACUCAUGAAGGCUUCGCCUAUUGGGAUGGUGAUUUGCCUACUGAUGUUGCGGACAAUUUGACAAACGCUCUUAACGAUAUGUUCGGAGUUACUUUUGAUAAUGAAAUUAAACAAAUCUAUAAAUUGUCUGAGUCUGGAUAUGUUAUCGGUGUUUUUGGAGGUAUUCAAGUUGAUUCUAGUAUUACUAACAUACUGACUAUUGUUAGCACACCAAUAGUGUAUGAAAAUGGUAUUAACAACUAUUUCUAUCUUGAAUCUCACACAGGUGACCUAAAAGCUACUUAUGGUUUUAUUGUUGCUAGGGAAGAAUAUGAUGCUUAUGUUGAUGAGGCAGUCAAAACAUGGAGUAUGGGAAGGAGUUAUGAUUUCUACACUAGCACACAAUCCAUCGGUAAUGUUAACGUGUGCCAACGACUAGCGGAAGAAGCUUAUUCCCCGGUUAACUCAGCCGAGUUUGGUGAAUGUAUCUCAAUUUUCUAUGAUUCAUCAAAGACCAUUGAGGAACAGACUGGUUUGACAGAUGAUCUAUUGUACGUAUACAAUAAUGGUACGGUUUCCUUUAAUGACGGCGACAAAGUCUGUAUUUCUAUUGGUACCGCGAGCGAAUAG